GAGAGAGAGACAAGCGAGAGAACGUGGUACCGCUGCUGUGACGGGGACAAUCUGCUGAUUUCUAACCCCUGGAUGCUCCCCGCAGCCCGCUGAAGAACAAGAAGGCAGCACCGGGCACAAUAAAGCCAAGGAGGCACAAUAAGAGAAGAGAAAGAACGGGGGGAACGCAGAGAGAGGAGGAAGGUUUGCAGAAGACCGCAAAAGGAUCACUUUAUAGGCUGCCGGCAAAUCACCCCCUCCCCUCCUUUCCACACACACGCCACAUAUUGUGGGAUCAAUGAGCUUGUACCGCCGCGUAAAGAGAGAAACCAGUGCGCAAAGUUGGUGAGACGAUCCAUCCGUUUUCCCACCUCCCCUGUAAACGUUAUAAUUUUACUAUUUAUUUAUUUUUAUUUUUAUUCUUAAUAUUAUUUUUUUGAGGAUUGGUCUCUUCAUUGGGUUCCUGAUCCAACGUGGAUUGUAGAAUAGAUCAUUUUCUCUUUGUCUUUGGAUGAGCGAGGCUUGUUGGAUGGUAAGGUUUCCUCUGGAGCGCUCCUUGGAGACGAUUUCAUCUAAUUGAUCGGACGGAUUCCUCUAUCUUCUAUCCUGCGUGUGGAUGAUAUGGAUUUGACUUUGCUAUAGCCAAGACUCGCCGAGAUCAUUUUUUUCGUGUAUGUUUUGUCUGUAUUAAUUUAUUGUGAGCCCCCCUUCCCCAAAACCACAGCAGAGAUUUUAAGAAGCCGGCAUACCCACCUUGCGGACUUACAACCAUGAACUUUGUUGUCAGUUUGGUACAAAUCCUUUUGGCAGCGGUUCUUCAUUACUCCACUGUACAGACUGCCAGCAUUAACAAGGAGGGAGAUAAGAGUAAAAAUGAAGUGGUUUCCUUCCUAAAUGUGUACAACAAGAGCUUUUGUCAGCCGAGGGAGGUGUUGGUGGACAUCCUCCAUGAGUAUCCAGAAGACAUCGAGCACACCUACAUCCCUUCCUGCGUUGUCCUCAAUCGCUGCGGAGGCUGCUGCAACGAUGAAGCGCAGGAGUGUGUGCCCACGGAAACUCGGAACGUCACGUUGGAGGUAAUGCGAUUCAGACCAAUGAUAACGAAACAUAAUAUUCACCUAAGCUUCACAGAGCAUCGAAAGUGUACGUGCAGACCAAAGCCAGAGGUUAAAGCAAAGAAAGACCACUGUGAGCCUUGCUCAGAGAGAAGAAAGCGCUUGUUUGUGCAGGACCCUCUCACCUGUAUAUGUUCCUGCAAAUUCACACAAUUAGACUGCAAGUCCAGGCAACUUGAGUUAAACCAAAGAACUUGCAGAUGUGACAAACCAAGGAGAUGAGAGGAGGAGAGGGGGAGGGAGACACUGGUAUGAAGGAAUUAUUUUCUUGGCACAGCACUUUGAAACCCGAGGAUGCAUUCCCUGCAAGGAGUUGAAAAGACAACGCAAGAGAGACAAACAGAGAGAUCUUGCCAUUGUCUAAGAUAUUUUUAAGAUAUAUAUGUACAUAUAUAAGUACAAUGACAAUGUAUAUUGCUGCUAAAACAGAGACAUUAUAUAAAGCAAACGAAUGCGCCACCGGCGUGUGAACGGGAUAUUUUUCAGUGGCGGCCUGUUCGGGUCUGGUCAUGGGUAGAACUGGGAAAAAAAGAAUCUUUUAUUUUAUGUAACACUUCACUGGAUGCUGGUCUGCUGUGGAUAUGAGUAUCUUAAAUAUUUCUGUGUAAACAUUAAGCAAAAACGAUGACCACAACUUCACUGAGAGGUGCGAUGGGAGCCUGACUCGCCUCUGAACUCUGCGGGAAGAGACCGAGAGGGACGGGAGGGGGGACAAGGAGGCGGAGGAACUCCUGUUGUACUUGAACUGAAUGGCAGGUCCCAUGACUGGAGAGCUGUCAGAAAGAACUGUUUCCUUCUGUGCCGUCGAUGUGAAGUUCUGUCACCACUGUACUGACUAACACCCAAUAGAGGUUGGUGUGAGAAUACGUGUAAAGCAACAUGGUCUCGCAAAAUUUUGUGACGUGAGCAGGACGUCUAAAACAGGAGUGAUGUGAAGGUUAGGUUCCUCAAGCAUGAAAGGAUAACGCAACUGGUCAUUUUUUUAUCUGUUGGUCAACGGUUAAGAUGAAGCUAAUGCAAGAAUUUCAGUUAAAAUUACGAGGUAAGGCCAAGCAACCCAAACCGCUUUGGUUAAAGUCAGGGUUCAUAUUUUGUUCAUGGUUUAGUAAGAAAAACUUUUUGCUGUAAAUGAAAAAUUUAGCGUGGACAAUGUCUUGUCAGGCGUUGAAAGUUGAGCCGGGGUGACCUCCAGCCCUGUCUUCCACCGCGGCAUCACGACGUGGUCUGUGUUUCUAAGACAUCAUGCUCACUUCACAAAAUUUCACGAGACCAGGCUGUCUAAAGGGAUAUUAACGUAGGUAUAUAUGGUGACAAGGUGUGACUACACGAGCAGAUCCACAGGUGACAGUGGAGUUCAACGCGCCACUGUGACAACUGCCAACCAUUUUCCUUAUUUAAUGGCUUUGUAUGUGUUCCAAAGAAAUAAUCAAGCAUCCAAUGUCAGAACAGCAAGCAAACGAUCUGUAUAUACUUACCAGAUAUCCCUUUGUGUAGUACACUACAUCUAAUUUAUAAUGCUAGAAUAUUUUCAGUAUUCUACGUAUUUAAGUAAUAUAUUUAUAUGCAGUGUUAUGAUUUGUUCUUUCUCUUCUUCACCUGUUUGUUCCUCUGGCCAGACACGGUGAAACAUUGAUGACUGUAGACAGAUUUUUGUUUUGUUUCGUUUUUUGGUAAGAAAAAAAAAAAAAAGAACAGAGAGAUAACACUUUGACAUUCCUUAAUCAAACUAGCUGUGUUUCUCUCCGGCUGGAGGGGGAUCAUAGCGGGCCUGGUGACCGAUAGAAACCCCAGCUACAGACAUGUGAGUGAGAUGAUGCGACAGCGCAGGUGUUUUCGGUCUUGAAGGGGACUUAUGGACAUGUGGUUUUGCACUUGCCCGAAGACACGUCAUGUGGAGGACUGAAGGAGUCUCACUGCCGCCGGUCAGCCGGACCUGAUUUGGUGAAGACGAUUCAAUGAGAUGGAGACUGUUUUCACUGGCACCGGCUUUUGGUUCGAUACCUGCGCCUCUGAAGUCCUCUGGUGAUCAGAAAAAACAUUCUAUUUGUAUUUAAUUUUUUUGUUGUUUGUACAGCCACGUUUUUAGUAUAUUUUCACAUUAAUAUAUUUAUUGGUGCUUCAAAUGAUAUGUUUUACAAUAUUAAUACCCUCUUUUGUUUUUAGUGUAACUAUUAAAACAUAUUUAUUUUGAAAA